UAAUGUAAUAAUGUAUAAUCAUAAUGUAUGAUAUUGUGUAUAAUAAUUAUUAUAAUAUUGCAAGUCAGGAUUUGUACAUGUUGUUGCCUAUUUUGUCCAUGAAGCCAUGGAAAUAUUAAUGUGAAAAUCAUAAAAAGUGUAAUCAUUUUUUUUCUGCUGAACCGUCGGUUUCCGGUGGUAUCGUCGUCUCUCGUCUGCCAGUUAUUGUUUGAAUCGCUAAGUUAAUGUGCUUAAAAUUAUUAUUAAAUAGAUAGAUAGUUGUGUAAUGUUACUUGUACCGAAUGUCGAUUGAUAAACAGUUAAUGUACUUAACAUCGUAAUAGUGUAAUCCGAGUUGUAGAAAAGGUAACGUUUUAUUUCGCGUCAAACGUUGUAAAUGUAAUCAUUUGUCCAAACAUAAAUGGAAUGUUUUUGUUGAAUCUGUUAACACUUCAACAGAUGGUUAUCACGUCCUGCAAAAGCGUGCAUUUCUGUUAAGACAAUAUCCAUAUUUGAACAUUUGUAUUCAAAAUCAAGGUAUUUAAAAUGGAUGCGUGUUUAGCCGUUGAUCGUGAGGUUGACAAAGUAUUGUCAAGAUUUAAAGAUAUGAGUAAAAGUUAUAAUAAUGUAUUGCAGCAAUUGAUUGAUAGUCUGGAAAUAAUACAAAAUGAUUGGAAAACGAAUACUAUUAAAGAAGAAAAUAAAUUGUCAUCAAUUAAUUGUAUAUCAAAUUUAAUUAAUAAAUCAAAAGAAAAAACACAAAAAUUAGCUAUUGAACAUCGGGAACUACAUAGUACUGUAUCAAAAGUGGGAAAAGCAAUUGACAGGAAUUUUAUAUCAAAUUUUGAUGCAACUUGUAAAGAGGAUAUUUUUGAUGAUCCAAAAAAUGUCACAUUUCUUAACUAUAUUAUUUGUCAACAUUUUUAUAGACAAGGUGACUUGGAUAUUGCUGAUGAACUUGUAAUGGAAUCUGGAAUAAACAUGGAACCUAGCAUUAGAGAGCCAUUUGCUAAGUUAAAAUAUAUUAAAGAGUCGUUAAUUAAAAAAAAUAUUUACCCUGCAUUAGAAUGGGCAAAAGAAAACCGAGCAGUGUUAGAUACUCAGAUGUAUCCCCCAUACCCAUUGGUUAAAAGGAUUUCUACAGCUUCAAAUUUGCCAGUUCGUAUUCCAUAUCAUGCAAAAAAGACAAAAUUUUCUGGUGGUAUAAUGAAACCAAGGCCAAAGACCAAAAAAAUUAAAAGAAUAGAAUUGGCAAAAAAAAUAAUGCAACAAUUUUAUAAGAGUUCCGCUCUUGAGUUUAAACUUCACCAACUCGCGUUUUUAUCAAUUAUUGAAAAGGGUGUAGAACAUCAAACUGAAGCUGUUGCAUAUGCUCGUGCUAAUUUUAGUCAAUUUGUUGACAAAUACGAAAAAGAAAUUCAAACAAUGAUGGGCAUGUUAUUGUUUGUCCCACAAGGAAUUAAUAAUUCACCAUAUUCGGCUUUGGUUCAAGAAAAUAUGUGGGAUGAAGUUAUUGAAUUAUUUACGAGGGAUGCUUGUACUUUACUUGGAUUAAGUUUUGAUAGCUUACUAAAUGUCAGUGUUAAUGCUGGAUGUGCUGCGCUCCCUGCACUUUUAAAUAUCAAACAUGUAAUGACACAACGGAAAGUGAAUGAUAUUUGGAAAGGAAAAGAUGAGUUGCCUAUUGAAAUUGAUUUAGACACAGAACAUAGAUAUCAUUCAAUGUUUGCGUGUCCUAUUCUCAGACAACAAAGUUCAGACACCAAUCCUCCUAUGAGACUUAUUUGUGGCCAUAUUAUAUCCAAAGAUGCUUUACACAAAUUAGGAACCUCAACUAAAUUAAAGUGUCCAUAUUGUCCAAUGGAACAAAGUUCAUCAGAAGCAAAACACAUAUGUUUUUAGAUAUUUGUACUAUCAAUCAUUCGAUUAGAAUUGUAAACCUAUUACAUUCUUAAUAAGCAAAAUGUAUCAAUCAAAACUUUCAGGACAUACUUCUAAACUUAAUAAUUAUUUGAUUUAAAUUGCUUUUACAUCAGAAAAAAUAGUAUAAGAUAAUUUAACAGGAUGAUAAUUUUUAGAUUACUGUUUAAACUAUGUAAAUGACAACAUGACUAAAUUUUUUUUUUUCUGAAAUUAUAUUUAUACUAUGUACGUUAAGAUUAAGUUCAUUUUAUAUCCAUUUAUAUUGUAUAAUUUAAUAUAAGUGCAAACAAGUUUUAGUUAAAAUAUCUAUAAAAAGAAUGUUUUUGUUCCUAUAAAAAUAUAUUUUAAUUAAUACAUUGAGUGCCUCAUAUCAUUUGACGUGUGUUAUAUAGCAUUAUAUAACGUCAAAUUGGUCUGUAACUGUGUGUUGACAUCGGGAUACAAGGGAAUAUUAAUAAAAAUUAAAUGAUAAACAACUUAUAUAAAUAGAAGUGUUAUCUUGAGCUCAAGUUAAUUAGAAUUAGUAAGGGUAGUUUUGCAAUUUGUUAAUAGUUGUGGGGGACAAUGUUACAAUUAUUGAUUGAGGUAAUCAAUGUGUUAAAUAGUUAUGUUAUA